ACUUAACCUAAAAAUUUAACAUAACCUUAAAACAGAAACAUCAGUGCUUUCGUUCUUUUUCAUCGUAAAUAAUGACCACAGCAUUAGUAAAAGGAAACGUGCUAUUAUACAAAGGAAGUAGUUUCCUUAAACAAAGACUAAUUUUAUCAAUAUUAAGUGGAAAAUGUGUAAAAAUUAAUGAAAUUCGUGCUUUGGACGAUGAACCAGGCUUAAGAGAAUUUGAAGUAAGCCUUAUCAGGCUUCUGGACAAAAUUACAAAUGGAACAGUGGUAGAAUUAAAUGAAACUGGAACAUCUUUAUAUUUUCAACCUGGUUUGUUGUAUGGUGGUACAACAGAACAUGAUUGUUCGUUACAAAGAGGAAUUGGCUAUUAUUUGGAGGCCCUAUUUAUUUUGGGUUUGUUUUGCAAGCAACCAAUAAAUGUAACUCUACGAGGGGUAACAAGUAACAAUAUAGACCCUUCAGUUGACUUAAUGAAGACAUCUAUGAUGCAAACCUUAAAAAAAUUCGUUUUGGACGAUGACGAUUUGGAUUUAAAAAUUAAAAAGAGAGGAAUGAGGCCUUUGGGAGGAGGUGAAGUAGUUUUUAAAUGCCCUGUUAGAAAACAAGUAAGACCAAUACAGUUUUCUGAGAGUGGCAUGGUUAAAAGAAUAAGGGGGACUGCAUAUGCAUUAAGGGUCUCACCUGCUAUAGCUAAUAGAAUGGUGGACACAGCUAAAGGAGUUUUGUUAAAAUUUAUACCAGAUAUUUUUAUAAGUACUGAUCAGUGUAAAGGUAAACAAACUGGUAAAAGUCCUGGAUUUGGUAUACAUUUAAUGGCAGAAACUACUACUGGUGUUAUUUAUUCUGCAGAACAGGUUUCUAAUGUGGUAACAGAUGGUGAAGAAUUAUCAAUACCUGAAGAUUUGGGAGUUGCUGCUGCCCAAAGAUUAUUAUAUGAAAUCUACUUGGGAGGAGUAACUGAUUCCACUUCACAGUCUUUAGCUAUAGUUAAUAUGGCACUAGGGCAAAAAGAUGUAUCAAAAAUAGUAAUAGGACCAUUGACAGACUAUUCCAUAGGCUUUCUUAGACAUUUAAAAGAAUUUUUUGGUGUAACAUUUAAAAUAGAACAUUAUGAAAGUGAUGAUGAAAACCAAACAGGCACAGGUUCAGAAAAAGUGUUGCUCACUUGUGUUGGAAUUGGAUAUACCAAUCUUAGCAAAAGGACAAUAUAAAUUUUAAGUUUUU